AUGUCCACCCCCUCCCCUCCCGCCAGCGCAAACUCAACCCAACCAACACGCAUCGCCCUCUUCAAAUUCCUCCCCUCCACCACCUCCUCACAAAAGCACGACCGAGCCACCGCGUUCCUAGCCCUCUACUCCCAGCACGAAGACCUCAUCGUGUCCCCGCCGCGUGGCGGCAAGCCUCUGAACACGCCGUUGGAGCUCACGAACGUGAGCAGGGUGGAUGGCUGGGAUUUCGGGUUUGUUGUUAGGUUUAGGAGUGAGGCGGCGAGGAAGGAGUUUGAUAGUGAUCCUGGGCAUGAUGAGUUGAAGACGUCCUGCUGGAGAAAGUAA